CCCGGAGUCAACUUCCGCUACAGUAACCUUCACGUCAUGUCCAUCCCGGGCAUCCUCAUGACUUGGGACAUUCAUUUACGCUCAGUUCAAUAUCACAAAUUCGAAAGUAAGCCCGACACUACACUGACCGCCGAAACCCAACACCUUCAGUCAAUCCAAUAUGCCUGAACACUACAUCAACCCAGCGAAACCCAAGAUUCGAUUCUCAUUGCUAGAAUGCAUCGCUAUCGGUUUCGGCGCCGGAGUGGUUGGGGUCGCUGCAAUGACACUAGCCGAGAAGGCGGAGCAAGCCAUUACACAUCGACCAAAUUCCGAGGUGCCUGGCAAGACCCUAGCUCGACUAUUGAAUGGUGACUUCCAUUCUGCACCAACGACCUGGAACUGGUCCAUGCACUGGGGACAAGGGAUUCUCGCAGCCGGCAUACGAGGCUUGAUGAGCUACUCUGGCAUUGUCGGUCCCUUUGGCAGUUUCUUGUUCAUGGGCGUAAGAUUGUGCAUUGAUCAGACGUUGGAGAAUCUGACAGGCGUUGGUGCUCUGCCAUGGACUUGGCCCGUCCACGAACAGAUCAUUGACCUCAUGCAUAAGGCUAUCUUUGCUGCAGUAACUGGAUAUGUUGCUGACCGUAUGAUUGUGGGGGAGGCGUUGAAUGCAUGAAAUGCUACUUUGUUGAGCAUUCCGGUGAUGGGAACGACAUCGACGGCUAGACUAUGAACCAGCUUCUUUUCUCAGGUGCAUAGGAUUUCCUCAUGCAACAUUUGCUGGCCAGUACUCUGCGAGCUGAAUGCACCGAGGGAGAAGAUGUGAAAUACGAGGAGACAGCCGCGGUAGCCGCCAUUCCACGAAUGCAACGAGGUGAGUGCGCGCAAGCAGUGUCAUAAGGCUCGCCCACCGGAAGGCUGCAGCGAUGAAGGCUCUUGGGGUUCCUUACAGUCGCUGGUCUUUCAGUGAGAU